GGGAUACGAAUCCAUAUGAACACAACACGGGUCUGACUAAAGUCGCAGGCUAGCUGACAACACUCGCCUGGCUGACUUUAUUUUUGACACUUCUAUCGCACAGACUCUUACAAGAAAAGGAUUUUGGGAAGACACUUUGGACAUCGUUUCACUUGAGGUGUCAACUCGAUUCGACUCUGCUGCUCUUCUACAUUGGGAGAUUUCUGCCUUAACUACUUCAUCAGCUCGAACAGCCUGUGAGUGCUCAGAAAAAGGAUCGAGAACUUUAUUUUCUUGUUUUUACAGACACUGGUCCGUUUGUAUCUGACUGCACACUUGACUCAGGCUCAUCAGUAAGUAGGUAAGGCAGCAGCAGCAGCAGCAUCCGCCCCCUUUAUACCCAAGCUCUCUCUUUAGCGAAUGUCCACAAAAAUGGAACAGCCGUUUUACCACGACGACUCUUUCCUGCUGGGCUACGGCCACUCGGACGCCGCCCUGCACGACUACAAACUUCAGAAGCAGGCGAUGAACCUGAAUCUCAGCGAGCCGUACCGGAGCCUCAAGUCCGAGACGUACCAGGUGGCCAGCGCGGACGCCGCUUCCCUCAAGCUCGCCUCGCCCGAGCUGGAGAGGCUCAUCAUCCAGAACAGCAACGGCGUGAUCACCAGCCCAACACCGGGCCAGUACCUCUACGGUCGGGGCAUCACUGACGAGCAGGAGGGCUUCGCGGAGGGCUUCGUGAAGGCACUGGACGAGCUUCACAAGAUGAACCAGCAGCCCCCUCCCAACGUGUCGAUUGGAGCCGGGGGCGUGACAUGUGCCGCUGCCGCCGCUGCCUCCGUUUUCGGCUCCUCCCUGCAGCCAGAGCCGCCAAUCUACACCACGCUGAACACGUACUGCCCCACGCCUAGCCUCUCGUCCUCCGCCUCUUCCUCCUCCUCCUCCGUGUAUCCCUCCGCCACUAUCAGCUACCUACCGCCACACAUCCAGCAGCAGCACCACCACCACCAGCACCAGCAGCAGGCGGCGGAAACGACGUCAGCGCACGCCUUCCAGAACCUUCUCCCCGGGUCCUCCGGUGUCCUCCAGCAUCGUUUCCCGGCUCUCAAGGAAGAACCACAGACCGUACCGGAGAUGCACGCCACCAGCAGCGACCAUGGCUCGCCGCCAAUGUCCCCCAUCGACCUGGAAACCCAGGAGAAGAUCAAGGCGGAGCGGAAGCGCCUCAGGAACCGCCUGGCCGCCACCAAGUGUCGGAGGCGGAAGCUGGAGCGCAUCGCGCGUCUGGAGGACCGAGUGAAGGUGCUCAAGUCGGACAACGCGGGGCUCUCCAGCACGGCGUCGGUCCUCCGGGAGCAGGUCGCCCAGCUCAAGCAGAAGGUCCUCAGACACGUCAGCAGCGGCUGCCAGCUUAUGUUGACCAGCAAGAUGGAGGCGUUCUGAGCCCCCGCUGUCGAUGUUGAACACUCACUAGACACUGAAGUAACACGACAACAACCCAACAAACACUGGAAGAUUUGUGACAUUCAUCGUUUGACAUCCCGAGUGGCGUCGGGACACUCCGACAUUCUACUGACAAACGAGGACUCAAAAUGGUACUUCCGGUUGCUGGGCACCGUUCAAAAGGAGCCGUGAAAGCAGAAAAAGGGUUCAAACAAAAACACACACGAUGAACUACAGCCGAGAGGCAAAGAAACACAGAACUGUAAAAGAGCCAAGUACAAACUGGUUGGAGACAGUGAACAGGCCAGUAGCCUACUCCAUGUCAAUAACGUCUUCUGUUAUUAUCAAAGGGAGUUUUGGGUGUUCGUAGCCUAUUCUGUAAAUACAGCGAAGCUAAGGUUAGCUGCUCGUUCGCCAGCUUCUUGUUCGAAUUAUUCCGGUCCACCUUAAGUGGUGGCCUUGUGGCGCCUCAUUUAAGGUGGAACGGCAAUAUUCGAAAGAAGCGGGCGAAUAGGGAGCCGGUCUCAGCCGAGUGUAAAUGCGUCUGAUGCGGUCACGCAAUACAGCGUUCCUUAAAUGUGUAAAUUAUUAUAUUAUUAUGUUUCAGUCGGGUUGAUCCUGACUCGUGUUUGUCUCAAUGUUUACAUUUUUUUUAUUUGUGCGCUGUUUAUUUAAGUAAAAACAUUUGAAAUAUAA